AUGCUGCUGCUUCGUGCCUGGCAGGCCCUCGUUGCCUUGCAGUUCUGCGGCGCUGCGUGCGCAAGCCGGAACCGAGUCAGGAAUCCCGGCCAGCUUUCUAGCGCCUGGAACUCAUCCAUCGUUGUCGGUUCCACCUCGUUAUUGCCGGAGACAUCCAUAGCUUCGCCCGCCGUUGCUGUCCAGACUCCUUCAGCGACGCCGCCUUCCUCUUCGGUGGAGCUGCCAAGCACCCAAGUGGCAGCAAAUUCCUCCGUGACAAGCCCGGCCAAUGAACAUUUUGAUACGCCUGUGUACAGUCCAGUCACGCCCCUUUCUUCUCCAGUUAGCGUGCUCGUAGACAACUCCUCUGCCAGCAUUCAAACGCCUGUACACACUUCAAACACGCCUGUUUCGGCCCCCACCAACGUGGCUGCAGAUGAUGCAUUCAACUCAACCACCAGAUUGCCGAUUGCUUCGCCAAGUGCGCCCCCCAGUAACCAGUCGAGCUUGGCAACCUCAAAUUCCAGCCAAACAUAUCCAACGCUCACUGUCUUCACUCUUUCGACGCCUCUCUACGUCACCGGCACAGGCAAUCUACCAGUCGCCACCGCCACUCCAGCCACGCCAACCUAUGUGAAGCCUAGCAAUGAUUCCAGCAAUGGCACCUGUGGCUGUACUGUCAACGUUCGCGGUGCUGAAAUCGGGUACUGGUACUCCUUAGACCAGUAUUUCGAUAUUGUCACUUUCUUCUCCAUAGCUUCUGGAACAGGCGUCACUUGGGAAUACCAGACAGCAACCACAACAUUCGACCUGGUUAAGUCCGUGCAAGAUGGCCUCAUGUCCUACGACCUCACUUCAGCAUGGGAUCCCGCAACCAAUCAGACCACAUGGGAUUUGUUUGCCAUCACUCUGCCCAUGCCGGCCGCAGCUACCACCACCGUCAUGUCCAUGACUGAGUACUCGCCCAUCCCAUCAACGCCGCUUACACAGCAGAAUAUCAUUGACUCGCUCUGGAGCGACCUUCCUCCUGCUAGCAUUGCCUUCACUGGUCCGUCGAGCACCGUCUUCGUGGCUGCUUCUGGGACGCCGUUUGUCGCUUAUUCGAGCUACGAAGUAGAGAAGGCCGAGCCAGUUAUCGAUGCCUUUGGGAAAGUAUCGUGCAAGACAUCCGUCACGUCGUACGACUUGUCAGCGCCGUAUGCGUAUGAGUACACUGGAGAUAAAUUGGGCGACACCGUUGAGGCUUCCGGGCCGAUUCCGGAUGACUUCUUGCAGUCGAUUCCCCAAUCAAGCUGCGUUGCAGGGACUUACCAGGGCCCCGUCACGAUUAUCUACAUCGUCCAUCUCAUGUACGGUACGCCAUGGACGCCUUUCGUUGGCCACGUCGAGUCCUCGGUUGAACAACUCGAACUUCCGACUAUCACUGUUGCCUCCUCCUCGACAUACAGGCCCAAAGCACAUGUCGAAUCGUCUGUGGAAGAAGACCUACCACCUUCCACAAGCAAAGCAGCAGGUCGAACAACUCAGGCUGCCCCUGGCGGUAACAGUGCUACAACGGCCCCCGCAACUCGUUUGAACCAGAAUAGCGGCGAUAGUACAAGCAAUGGAGGCGGUGUUCCUGGUCUUGGUCAGAUCAUUUCUGCCAUUGUCUCCCAAGCCAAUGAGAAUGGAGGUUCGUCAUCCGGUGGAAGUUCUCAGAACAGCGGCUCGGGGUCGGGAGGAUCAGGAUCGGAAGGCUCGGGAUCGAGCGGCUCAGAAUCCGGGGGCUCGGGCUCUGGAAGUGGAUCUGGUGGUUCUGAACCAAGCAACUCGGAUACUGGCGGCUCUAGUUCUGGGUCUGGGUCCUCAAACGGAGGUUCCUCAAACGAAAGUUCAGGAUCGGAGAAUGGAGGCUCUGAAUCUUCAAACGGAGCUACUGAGUCUUCAAAUGGUGGGUCUGGAUCUUCUUCUGGCAGUUCCGGCCCGGGCUCGUCUGACUCAGACUCUGGUUCCGGCUCCGAUUCCGGUGCCGGUUCCGGUUCGACUUCAGGCUCCUCUAGCGACGGCUCUGGGGCGGGAAGCUCCAGUGGCAACUCGCAAAAUUCCCCACCAAUCAUUGUUGCAGGGUCCCAAACUGCUACCAUGGAUUCCUCUUCGGAGUUUGUUAUUGGCGGGCAAACUCUAUCUCCUGGAGGCCCGGCCAUCACCGUGGACGGUACGGUCCUUUCCCUGGCACCGUCUGCAACAGCAGUUGUCAUCAAUGGACAAGAGUCCAGUCUUUCAGGAAGCUCGAUCGUAGAGGGCCAAGGGCCGGCCGAGAUAGGAAGACCUCCGAUCAUUACUGUUGGUUCCGUCGCAUAUACGGCCAAUGCUGCAACGCAAUAUUACCUCGCACCUGGUCAGACGCUGACUGCCGGUGGUCUUGUAACAGUGGAUGGUACUGUUGUGAGCCUCGGACCGUCGGCAAGCUACGUUGUUGUCGGUGGUGCAACGCAAACAUUCCCUUCGGCCCUGAUUACUCCAGCACCCAAUCCAGCUUUCGCAGCUGGUGCCACACCGACCUUCCUGAUUGCUGGACAAACACUUACGCCGGGGGGAUCCGUUGUGGUCAGCGGUACGACAAUUUCGUUGGACAGCGGCGCCAACAACCUUGUCGUGGAUGGCGUCACAAGAGCAGUCGGAGCUGGUGUCGGCAUCGUUGGCCAACCUUUAAUAACUGUCGCCGGCACCCCAUACCCUGCUGUGGAUGGAACGUCGUUCAUUGUCGGUGGUCAAGUUCUAACUCCUGGAGGUGUCAUUCUCGUAGAUGGCACUACUGUCUCACUCAAUGCUGCCGACAACACAGUUUACUUCAACGGAGUUGCUUCUUCAUUGGAUACCUCAUAUCCAUUCAGCACCUCUCCGCCCAUUCUUACAAUUGGUGGUAGUACCGUUGCCCCGGAAGUAGUCGGUGGCAGUAUCGGAUACAAGAUUGGAGGACAGACCCUUACACCCGGCGGCUCGAUCUCGGCCGAUGGAACAGUCAUUUCGCUGGCACCUGGAGCCACCGCACUCGUUAUCAACGGUGUUACACAAGCCUUGAAUCCCGUGGUUGCCACUAGUCUGCCAGAUGUGGUGAUUGGUGGAACUACGAUUUCUGGCAUUGACAAAUCAGGUGACACAUACAUUAUUGGCGGACAGACCCUUUCCCCAGGCGGUUUGAUCACAGUAGACGGCACAGUCUUUUCAUUGGUUCCAGAGGGAACUGCACUGGUCGUGAACGGUGUCACUCAAGUUUUGGGUACUGGAAUUACCGCUAUUUCAGACAUAGUGGUCGGCGGAACAACGCUCUCUGGUCUCUUCGGAGCAGGCAGCACAUACGUGAUUGCUGGCCAAACUCUUACCAUCGGCGGGACCAUCACAGUCGACGGCACCACGAUAUCCUUCCCAUCAGCCACGGCCGUCGUCAUCAACGGCAUCACUCAAACCCUCAUCGCCCCCGCCUAUACGACCAACGCCCCCAAACUCACAAUCGAUGGCACCGUGUACACCGACCUCCCCGGCCCCGGGACCACGUACGUCAUCGACGGCCAAACGCUCACUCCCGGCGGCGUCAUCGUCGUCGAUGGCACAACCAUCUCACUCAGCCCAUCAGCCACCGCACUCGUCGUGAACGGCGUAACGCAGACGCUCUUCCCAGCAACAACAGCCGCCGCUGCAGCAACAACGCGCUUCCCAGUCCUGACUAUCGACGGCCAGACGUACACCGCGCUACCUAAUUCCGGCAGUGCAGGCGGAACGUACGUCAUCGACGGCCAGACGCUGACGCCCGGCGGUGUCAUCGUUGUCGACGGGACGACCAUCUCGCUCAGCCCGUCCGCAACGGUGCUCGUCGUCAACGGCCACACGCAGACGCUCGCGGCAGCGAGUGCGACUGCGACGACGGGCGCGUCGGCUGGGUCGAAGGCGACGGCGGGCAAUGGGGCAGCUGCCACGGCGACGCGGACCGGUGCCGCUUCGGAGAACACGGGCGCUGCCUCGAGGGCGGCAAUAGUGAGCAAUAAGGGUUUGUUUUCUUCUCUUUUCUCUUGCGCGCUGCUUACGGUUUUAAUUGGUGGUUUUGCGUGGUAA